AUGGAGGCUUUUUCCGAAGACUGGGCCGACUUCACAGCCGAUGACGAGCGCUUGUUACCAGUCACAGUUUCGUGGACUGCUUCGCACAACGACACUAGAAGCUCCGAAUGGGGAAGUUGUAAAGAUUGGGGAUAUGACGAAGGCAACGAUCCCCUCUUCGACCUCGAUAACGUCGGUCGUGAUGCGGGCAGCGACCUGUUCAACGGGAGCUUCAGCGACCAAACCACCCACGCGCCGUCUCUCAGUCCGAGAAAUCUUUUCCUAAAUGACCAAGGAGGCAGCCUUCAUAUUCCCUCGGAGGUUCCCCUGAAAGACGACAGCUAUUCUGGUCACGACGAGGUCGCUUCUCCGAUUGACGAUCUUCAUGCGGGCCUGGACGAUGAUGAUCUAGGUCGGUAUCUGAGUGAGGGAGCUGUUCACCAUGCGGAUGCCGCGACUGGCACCUCAAUGGGCAGCGGCAAAAACAAAGGUUCCAGCACAUCUCUCGACGGGGUUGCCUUUUUCGAUGACCUGGGUUCCAUUUGCGGUGGCCACGAUUUACCGAGUCAAAACACCGACAGCGCUCCCAACAUCGACAACACUAUCAAUACGCACAACACCACCUCUACCAACACCAACAGCACCAUUAACAUCAGCAACACCAUCAACACCGGAAUCACCAUCGACGAUGACGAAAUCCUUGUGCCCACCGAUAACGGCAACUUCGGUGCCGAUUACAACGAGCUGUCUAUUGGCGGUGAGGAGAUUGCUCAGCAACUCAAGCCAGACAACCUCGCUAGCGUUCCUUCCGAUGGAUACGAUUAUUUCGCCGACGAACAAUUCUUUGAUAUGCCCUCUGGCUUCCAGCUUGCUUCCAACGGCCUGGAAGUGGGUUCAAGCCCAGAAGAGCCGGGUUCCAGUGUCCAGAACCCGCUGGAGAUCGCUGACGACGAAGUCGAGGAUGGCUUCCAUGACGCGCACGUUCUCGGUACAUCUGCACACAGAAGCAGUUCAUCGACCACAGUCAAGAUGCCCGAAUCCCGGGCUUUCGACUUUCAAGACACGGAGGCACCAGUCUUCGUAUCGUAUGCCGAAGUCGAACUCAUCAUCCCCACCCCCCGGAAAGCCAUCAGCCCUGUGCAGCCGGGAACCAGCAAGUGCUUUGCGUGCCUGGCAAACAAGACCAGUCAGGAGUUCAAGAAACUGGUCUCCUGGCGGCUGCAGCGGGGCCUUUACUCAUGUACCGGCUGUUAUGUCGGUGCUGGACCAGUCCCGAACGUCUUGGACGAGUGGUGUCGCGAGAAGCAAAGGGAGAGAAGGAGAAGGAUUGCCGCCGAGGCAAAUGGCGAGAUUUAUGUGCCUGGUGGCGGUGAAGAGGAUGUUGACGCUGGACCUGGGACCGGAGCCUCGGAGGCCCAGUCCACCGCCUCUUUACACAAGAGAGGCGCUUCGGCUAUGGCGGGCGGUAGUGAUAGCACUGAAGGCACCACCAAGAAAGCCCGCCUAACAAAACAGGUGGCCAACAAAACUUCGGAGCCGAUUCAGAGGCCUGGAAGCCCGAAGAGGAAGAUGAGAGGAUUGGGGCAGCCUCCGGCUGAGCUUUGA